CUUGGGGGGCGGGCCCUGCUCGUGCCCAGCUCCCGCUCCCGCUGCACCCCUGGGCGACACGGGAGCCUGGGUCCGAGUCAGCGGCGGGCAGUUCUCCGGAACACGACCCGUCGUCCAGGCCCCCGCCCCCGCCCGCAGGGCCGCUCCUCGCCUCUCCUCUCCGCGGAAGCGCGGGGAUGCGCGCCGUGGCCCGGCUCCUCGCGGCAGGCAGGACGGGCGGCGCAGCCAUGGGGCCGGGCGCGCUGGCGCUGUGCGUGGCGCUGUGCGUGGCGCGGGCGGCGGGCGGCGCGGUGCGGCUGGCGCUGCUGCACACCAACGACGUGCACGGCCGCGUGGAGCCGGCGGGCCGCGAGGCGGGCAGGUGCAGCCCGGGCGCGGGGGGCUGCUACGGUGGCGCGGCGCGGUGCCUCACGGCCGUGCGCCAACUCCGCGCCCGCCACCGCCACGUGCUGCUGCUGGACGCGGGCGACCAGUACCAGGGCACCGUCUGGUUCAGCUACUACCGGGGCCGCGAGGUGGCCUUCUUCAUGAACCGCCUGGGCUACGACGCCAUGGCCUUGGGGAACCACGAGUUUGAUAAUGGGUUGGAUGGAUUAUUGAAUCCAUUACUUAAAAGUGUGGAUUUUCCCAUCCUGAGUGCCAACAUUAAGGCAAAAAAAACAAUAGCAAGCAGCAUCACUGGAUAUAUUCUACCUUACAAAAUAGUAAACGUGGGUUCAGAAAAAAUUGGAAUUGUUGGCUAUACCACAAAGGAGACUUCUUUUCUUUCAAAUCCAGGAGAUGAUAUCAUGUUUGAAGAUGAAAUUGAAGCAUUGCAACCACAAGUGGACAAACUUAUUGAUUUGGGAGUGAACAAAAUUAUUGCACUAGGACACUCUGGCUUUAUGGUGGACCAACAAAUUGCUCAGAAAGUGAGAGGAGUGGAUAUUGUUGUUGGGGGACAUACAAACACAUUUCUGUAUACAGGGCCCCCACCUUCCAGUGAAGUACCAGUUGGCAACUAUCCAUUCAUGGUACGAUCAGAUGAUAACAGACUUGUGCCAGUUGUACAAGCUUAUGCUUUUGGAAAAUAUCUUGGCUAUUUAAAUGUUACAUUUGAUGAGAAAGGAAAUGUAAUCCAAGCAUCUGGAAACCCUAUUUUGCUUGAUAGCAGUAUUCCUGAAGCUCAAGAUUUGAAAGCAGAAGUUGACAAGUGGAGAAUACCACUAGAUAAAUAUGCUUCCAAGGAGAUUGGAAAAACUAAUGUUUACCUGAAUGGUACAAGUCAGGCAUGCCGUUUCCAUGAAUGCAACAUGGGAAAUAUGAUAUGUGAUGCUAUGCUCUACAAUGCUGUUGGAUAUCCAGAUGAAAAUACAUGGAAUCAUGUUUCAAUGUGCAUUCUGAAUGGAGGUGGGAUACGGUCACCCAUUGAUGAAAAGAUCAAUAAUGGCACUAUUACUAUGGAGGAUCUAUUGGCUGUGUUGCCAUUUGGAAUGACUUUUGAUCUGCUCGUGUUAAAAGGGUCCACACUGAAGGAAGCAUUUGAGCACAGUGUGCACAGAUAUGGAAGAGGAACUGGUGAGCUGCUGCAGGUUGGGGGCAUCCAUGUGGUCUAUGAUGUCUCCAGAACACCAAGAAACAGAGUUGUUAGCAUUGAAGUUCUUUGCACUGCCUGUAGAGUACCUACCUACGUACCACUCGAAAUGGACAAAACAUAUACAGUGAUUCUUCCUUCGUUUCUGUAUCAGGGAGGAGAUGGUUAUAAUAUGCUGAAAGAGAAAUCACUGAGCUAUAGUCGUGGUGAUUUCGACAUUGAUGUAGUCUCACGUUACCUUGCUAGAAUGGGAAAAGUCUUUCCAGCAGUUGACGGUCGAGUGAAAUUUUCCGCUGGAAAUUUCAUCCAAGGAAGUCUUACUCUGGUUUCAGUUUUGCUCAUUGUAACAUUCCUACACUUCAGUUAAUUCUCCUAGCAACGUUUUUGGGCUUCUCUCCUCAUCUCUUGCACUUUUUUCUUUUUUUUUUUUUUAUAAACGUUUGACCUCCACAGGCAGAUAGCAGCAUUUAGAGUGUCAUAGAAAGUUAGGGUUGGAUGGGACCUCAGGAGAUCAUCUAGUCCAAUCCCCUGCUCAAAGCAGGAUCAUCCCCAACUAGAUCAUCCCAGCCAAGACUUUAUCUGCCUGGGUCUUAAAAACCUCCAAGGAAGGAGAACCCAAAACCUCUCUGGGUAACUCAUUCUAGUGCUUCGCUACCCUCCUAGUGAGAAAGUUUUUCCUAAUAUCUAACCUAAAUUUCCCUUGCUGCAACUUGAGACCAUUGCUCCUUGUUCUGUCAUCUGCCACCACUGAGAACAGUCUACUAUUGGGAUCACUCAUCCAAACAGGUGAAAGCUAGGAAGAUGAUCAGGCUGAACGAGGGGAUUCAAGGAGGGGCUUGGCCAGUAUGUUCUCAAAUUCAGAGCAGCAGGUACAAGCACACUUCUCCACACUCCCAAACUCAAGCUCAUGCUUCAAAGAGGGGCACAGUAUUGAAACAAAGGAUGUUCUACAAAUUAAUUUGCAUGGUGGUAGAAGCACUAACAAGUACACUCCUGAUCACUUGCGGGUUCUUCAGUUCCUCUCAAAUUCCUCUCAUCCAGUAAAGUUGAGAAAGAAUCCACUGUCAAUAGCCCAAGCAAGUUUAGUGGACAUGUGUACACAUGCAAUUCAUGGAAAGCAAACUCUGGAGCUUAUUGCUCCUGGGUGCACCAGUUGAAUGUGCAUCUGGGACUGCAUAACAUGCUGCAGGAGCUGGCUGGGGCAUGGGGGUGCUCCAGUGUGGGGCUAGCCAGCAGGCAGCCUUUGCUGUCACUAAAGCACCCUUGUGCCCCAGUCAGCUGGGGCAGCAUCUAUGUGUUCUCUGCUGCUGAGUAAAAAGCUCAGCAUCAGGAUAGUUAUCCUGCUGCAAAGUUAAUUAGUUUACUCCAGCCUAAUAGGGGCACACAUGCAGAUACACAAAAAUUUACUACCAAGAUAAUUAGUCUACUCUGCAGUAAAUGUCUUGUGUAGAUGCACCCAGUGAUACAUUACUACCUCCCUUUGAUCUUCACUCAGGGUUGAGACCUUCACUGUAACAAUUGUACUUAGCUUUCAAACAUACUUAUCUUCGACUAAGCCAAAUGCCAUUAAGACACCAGCAUGGGCAAUUAAUUUUUAUUCUUCCUAUUUGAGGUUACAGGCACACUUGUAUUCUUACCACUAUCACACCAAGAAAGAACCUAAUGAAAAGCUGGACUUGAUCACUUGCUGUUUAAUACACCUAGUUUCAAUUGUUAUGGUGAGCAGGUAAUUUAAGUACAUGUAAUGAGAACGCAGUUAUCCCAAUUUGUUUCUGUAAAAUACCAGUUAAAAAUCUAACUCUCAAAAACAAGUGUGCUGUGCGACUACCAAACCAAUAUGCAUGUUAAGGACCUAAUUUUUUUUAUGGAUCAUUCAUAUGAGAGGACUACCAGCAGCACAGGACUCCUCAGUAUCACCUGAAAGCAAGAGCAACACAAGGAUGAAUGUCAGUAUAGCUGUUGGUACCUUUUGAGGUCUCAGGCACACACCAAGCUUAGUAGCUAAUGGAUUCACAGCUGAGUGUAGUUUGGUUUAAAAAGUCCUAAAGCCUGGACUUUAUCACGAUUACAAGUGGGCUCUCUCUCAAAUAUGAACCACAGCAUUUCUCUAAGGAAGACUGUCCAUCACUCACGGGGUGGUUUUGUGUUUUUACAUGCAUUGGCAGAAAGCAAGUUAGCAGGCACAAAACAAGCAUUUGUAUUUAACAAACACUUUUUACCAAGAGACUGCCAAAAGGGCAGACACUGCUUAUAAAAUGACUGCAAACAAAUUUAACCUGUUUGAAAAUGGCAGCAAUAUAAUACAAUUUUAGCAAAAGAAAAAAACAUAAGGUAAUUCAGAUUUGGAACUUGGGCUUUAUUAAAAUGUUUCCAUAUGCUAUGCAUUGUUGUAGAUAUUAAGCAAACUGCUAACCAGCUAAACUUCAUUAAAGUCCUGGAAAGCCAGAACUACAGGCAUCAG